AUGGUUCUUAAAUACCACAGCCUCAUGGAGUCUGGUGUUGUCCUGGUCUCCGUUGGCAAGGACCAAAAGCGGUUUUUAAUUCACUCGGAGCUAGCUAGCUCCUUUCCCAGCGAGAUUCUUCAACCUCCUACAGCCGAGGAAAUUGACGAGGUAGUCUUCGGCCGUUGCUCAAACUUCACCCUCUGCGAGGAACGAACUGGAGACAUUGUAACUCUAUUUAAAUUUGCCUUUGAGAAUGUUGAUUCCGAGGAGUUUGAAAGCAUAGGAGAUAUCAAGUUUGAAGGCAUGGGAGACAUCAAAGGGGACUAUACAAUCUUCUUCUAUUCUCCGACACUGUAA